GAGGAAACAACAUACACCAAAAUUAAUCAUCAUCAUCAUUCUCUCAGUGUAAUUUUUGUGACUGAAACGACAUUGCAAACAUAGCAUAACAGAGAUGGUGAGAACCCCUUCCUGUGACAACAGAGGACUUAAGAAAGGUACUUGGACUCCAGAGGAAGAUAGAAAGCUUGUAGCUUAUGUCACUCGAUAUGGCUCUUGGAAUUGGCGCCAACUCCCAAGAUUUGCAGGUCUGCAAAGGUGUGGGAAGAGCUGCAGACUCAGGUGGCUCAAUUAUCUCAGACCCAACAUAAAAAGAGGAAACUAUACUGACCAAGAAGAAGAAACUAUAAUCAAACUUCACGAAAAGCUGGGUAACAAAUGGUCUGUUAUUGCCACUCAUUUACCCGGAAGAACAGAUAACGAUUUAAAGAACCACUGGCACACCACUCUCAAAAAGCGUCUUGGAAAGAAUGUUCACACUGAAAGACACGUGAAAGCCGCAAAAUCAAACAGUUCUGGGGCCAACCCAGACAAGGAUUCCAUUUAUAACAAUGGUUUCUUCCUCGAAGGUUCUCACUCUCCGACAGUUUCGAAAACCUCUGACCCUGACCCUGACCCUUUGUCCCCGGAAUUAUCCUCAAGCGAAUUCUCGUCCUCGGAUUAUACCACUCACCAAAAUUUGUUUGCGGAAGAUGGGUUCGAUUUUCUGGAUGCAUGCUUAGAGGACGUGAACCAAAAUAUCUGGACAGAGUCAUUUCAUAUUUCUCAAGUCACAACACAAGCCAAUGGUAUCGACAAUUUUCAUGGUUCAGAUGCUGCGAAAGCUAUGGAAUGUGUUCGGGCAGAGUCUCCUCUGUCGUACCAUAAUGAAAAUCUGGUUGUGGAAAAUGACGAUUUUGGCUUUCUAGGAGCAAUAGAACCGAUAACUGAAAAUUCUUGGACAGAAGCAUUCGUGGCAGAUAUGUCUCUUAUUCCGAACGAGUUACUUGUUCCUUUGGUGAACGAAUCCGAAUCGUACUUUUCUUCUACGUAUGAUUCCGAAGAUCUCUGGUGUCUCAACGAUAAUUCUCAUGAUUUAGACGUCAACUUAUUUCAAUGAAUAAAUAAUUAGCUCAUACUUUUGUAAUAAAUGUAACUAAUUCAGUGUAAGGCAACUCUUUUUUUUCUUUUCACUCAUACAACCCAGAAAAAUAUCUGUUGUGAAAAAUUGCUGAGCCUAAUUACGACUUAAUAUAUUUUUCUUCCUUU